UCACUCACACUUCCCACCGCGACACCCCCUCCUGAAGGCAGCAGAGGCGUGCGACUCGUUUGUCUGCAGACCGAGGACCGAGUGCGACCAGAGAGGAGCCAGCGAGAGAAGAGAGGAGAGGGUCAGGAAACAAAGUGAAGACCGCAACGUGGAUGAGUUGAACUGCAGGAUAAGGACGCUGGUUUAUCAUGAACGACAUGCGGGGGAAGCGCACGGCAGUUUGAAGCUCGCAACCUUCCGCGGCGGCGGCGAUUUAACACCUUUCAAACAACCAACAACACAUUGACGACCGAGGGUCGCAACUGAACCUGAGGACCUGCAGUGUGGCUCCGCGCCGUUAGCCUCGGCGCGAUCUGCGGUGACAUUGAGAGACGCGGGCACAUAUAGUCAGGAGACAGGAGAAGAGGGAGAAGGGGAAGGAGGAAGGGGGGCGCAGCGGCACACGGGACAGGAGAAAGUUUCCCAAGCUCGGGCGCAGACACCCGCGGCUGAACAAUGCGACUGACCCCGACGAAGUCUGCUGCACCGGCGGCGCUGCUAAUCCUGCUGCUCGCCCGCUGGUCCGACGGCAUCUCGCUGUCUCCGGAGGAGGCGAACCAGUUCCUGAGCAGGCAGCGGAGGGCCAAUCAGGUGUUCGAGGAGACGAAGCAGGGCCACCUGGAGCGGGAGUGUGUGGAGGAGAGGUGCACCAAGGAGGAGGCCAGGGAGGUGUUCGAGAACGACCCGGAGACGGACUACUUUUAUCCAAAGUAUGUAGCCUGUGUGGACAAGUUUGGAGAUUCUGAAAAGAAGAAACAGGAUCUGGUCACAUGUGUCCACAAUAUUCCAGACCAGUGCUCUCCUUCUCCCUGUAACGACAGAGGUACGGUGCGCUGCGAGGACAAAAAGGGCGACUUCCUGUGUCACUGUUUCACCGGCUGGACGGGAGCCAGAUGUGAUAAAGAUGUCGACGAGUGCAGCAAGAGAAAUGGAGGGUGUGAUCACGAGUGCAAUAACACUAUUGGAAGUUACCGCUGCUCCUGUCACCAAGGAUACAUGUUGGUUGGUCGCCAGAUGUGUAAUGAUGUGGACGAGUGUGAGGACACAAGUGUGUGUGGAACGGCACGAUGUGAGAAUAACGAUGGCAGCUAUGAUUGCUUGUGUGAUACCGGUUUUGUCUACGACAACGAAACCAAGACAUGUGUCGAUGUGGAUGAGUGUGUGUCAGGUGUGUGUGCAGAGGAGUGCCUGAACACUCCAGGGAGUUUCCGAUGCUUCUGUGACGGUCGGCAGGGCAAGAAGUUGGGCCAGGACCUCAGGAGCUGUAAGCCUAUAACUCCAUGUUUGUCGCCGUCUCUGAAGAGGAACUCUCGUUCUCUUUACCUGGGCCGCAUGUUCAGCGCCGUGCCAGUGGUGAGGCUGCGUUUCCGUCGGAGGAUUCAAACCGGCUUUUCAGCAGAAUUCGACUUCCGCACCUGGGAUCCGGAGGGCGUGAUCUUCUUUGCCGGAGGUCACCUGAACAGCUCCUGGAUCGUGCUGGCGAUGCAUCAUGGGAGGUUGGAGCUUCAGCUGAAGUACGGCACAGUCAGCAGGGUCACCAGCAGCGGACCAAUCGUCAGCGAUGGCCAAUGGAGAAAGAUCUCUGUGGAGGAGCAGGGCCGGAGUCUGGUGAUUAAGAUCGACAGGGAGGCCGUCAUGAAGAUCGCAGUAAACGGUGACCUGUUCACACUGAAGAAAGGCAUGCACGAACUCAACCUCACCGUGGGCGGAGUCCCGUUCCGAGAGGACGGCCUCAUCAAUCAGGUGAACCCCCGUCUGGACGGCUGUAUGAAGGAGUGGCGGUGGCUCACCGGUGAAGACACCUCCAUACAGGAAACCAUUCGGUCCAACGACAACAUGCAGUGUUUCGGCACAGAGAAUCCUGGAGCAUAUUUUCCUGGCACAGGCUUCGCUCUCUUCAACAUCAGCUGUGAAUCUCAGAACCUGAGCGUCCAGUUGAACCUGCGGCCCACUUCUGCUAUCGGAGUGCUGUUUGCACUUGUUUACCAGGACAGAGUCCCUCUCUCUAUCGCUCUGGCCGACUAUCAUCCCGGCACUGAUGAAUGGCGAGAUUUUGUUCUGGUAUCUACAGGCGAUGCCAUCAUUGCCAGCUCUCCUGCUCCACUGUGUGACGGUGAGAGUCAUGAAAUCCAGGUGGUGAUCUCGGGCAACCAGACAAUGCUGCUGGUCGAUGGCCAACCUGGACGAAGUGAAGAUGCUGAAGUUCCUACUGCUCUCCUGACUCAAUCCAGCACCUUCAUAGGAGGCCUCCCUGAUGAUGUCUCUUUGGUGUCCUCGCUGGUGUCGGCGCCCUACAGCGGCUGUAUGGAGGUCAGUGUAAAUGGACAGUCUCUGGACCUGGACCAGGCCAUCCACAAACACAAUGACAUCCGCUCGCACUCCUGCCCCCUGCUGGACUCUCACCAGUGACCAGCGCGUCAGUCUGCCAAAACUGAUCCAUAAGCAGUUGGUUGAGGCAAUGGGGAUGAUUUCCAAUAUAAUUAUAAAAGCUUUGACCAGUGGGGAGAUCUUUGAGAUUGGAAUAUUUUUUAAAAAAACCAACUAGACCAGGUAUUGUGGUGCAGGUGGAGCCUUAACCCAGGAUGACUCUGUCCUUCUACUGUGACGACACAUGCAGGUGUUCGCAGGGAUUUUCACAGUAUUAUAAACAGUAGUUAGCCAAUGGGCAACAUCCCCCUGUACCAGGCAGAAGAUAUGGGAAUAAAUGCUGCACAACAUUGCCUCAAAAACUGCCCAUGCAUCUCAGCCUUGUACGCCCACGAGAACACACAGGGUCUCCUCCGGAUCUAUGUUAAAUGCUUGGUCCUGGGUCGGCCUACUGCAGCCUGUGCUUAAAUCCAGACGUGGCUGGAACCUCGUAGGCAGAGUGACUCUCAGCUGCGACUCACCUGGUAGAGCUGUGGUCAUGUUGCUUACAUCCAGUUCACCAAUGUUCACAAAGCUUGAAAUAAUCAAGUGCUGAUGUAGAAUCCGAUGAAACAUUUUUUUUAAAAAGGGCACCAGAUAAAAAGUCUUAAAAAAUGUGCAAUUAGGAGUUUGGUGUUAAUGAUUUAGUGGUUGAUUGGGGACUUUAUCAAUAUUAUUUGCUCCUUAUAAGAUAAAUCCCAGCCUUCACCACAGCAUGGAGGCUCGGUGAGGGAUGGUGAAACCUUGCACAUCGUUGCAGGUAGAAAAUGGACUGCGAUGUAAUUUCAGCUGGAUCAAAGCUGCACUCCAUGGCUGCCUGCAACCUUAACAAUCAACCAUGUGCCUGCUAAGAUCAACCGACCCCGACUUCUCAACAGGUUAAACUUUCACAAAGGUGCAGUACUGUCACACCAAACAGAGCAGUUAAUACACUAUGCAUUUCCACCGGUGCACUAUUGGAGUCUGUUAAAAAACCGACUGACCCCCUGAUUCUCAAUAAUCUUCUGUCUGACUUCAUCACAAAGGCCCCUUCUCUCCUUCAGAACCGCCCACUCACAGUUAAUACCUGCCAUAUUCAAUCGGGGGAUGAUAGGGUUAGUCACAGAAGCACAGGGAGACAGGAAGGGGCCCGCUCCGCGAAGGAGAGAGAGCACUGCAACAAUCGCACCACACAAGCUACUGAGAGUAAAAAAGAGUGCGCUGUAAAAAUACUGAAUAUGUAAAUAAUGUGACUGUACAAUGCUUUAUAGGAGACAGGAAACAAACACUACCUUAUGCUCACUGAGGUUUUCUGCACAUUUAAGUUGAUCCAAAGUUUAAACAGCAAUCUGAGUCUCUUAAUCUCAUCUGCUUCUGAAAAAAAAGGUUGAGCAACAAAUCCAUGAUUUUGUUUUGUUUUUCUUUAAAUGGAGACUGACAGCAAAUAGCCAGGGAUCAAAGUACCGUGAAUCUUAAGGUACUCUGUUUUUAAUUUAAAUCUAUAGGUGCUGAGCAAAUCAAAACACAAUAAGAAUAAAGAAUGUCAGAGGAGCUUUGUGAUUGAGAAAUGCCAAAAGGGCUCCAGUGUUAUUUUACUUUCCUCUGUAACGUUUCAUAUUCUAGUUCUCUGAAUGAAUGACUGCCAGAAUAUACAGCUUGAUGUGUUAUGUUGUUUUUUUUAUCAUGUGUUGUAUAUUGAAUUUCUCUUUAGUUUUUAUUUUUCACUUUAACUGCCAGUAUGUGUAUGAUGCUGAGAGAAGUCUGCCUUUUGAGUUUUAACUUCCCUCAACAGUGAAACAUCCUAUUUAAAAACAACAAUAAAAGCAGUUGUAUGAACGUUAUAGAGUAAAAUUGUAUUUUCAAAAAAUGGAUUUGUAUGCAUAUGUGGUUAUGUUAAAGAUAAACCUUUCCUGCUUCGUGUGUUA